AUGGAUCAGGUGGUUAUCACAGCCACAUCAACUACCUCGCAUAAUACAAGCUUUCAAAGUGGUAUUAAUUACCACUACUCCAAUAUUGUUCAUCCACCACUUAGGUCCUCAUACCUGGACUCCGAAAAACCAUGGCUAUCGAAUCUCCAUAUGGAUCUUUUCCUUUCAUCACAAGCUGCUGAUAACUCAGUAGCACCCGCAAUUUCAGCGCCAAGUCCACCAUCAUCGCUUAUUCCAGCUACAUUAUUUUUUCCGCUUCAAAAUGUCCCUUUUAGUUCAUCUAUGAUUAUACAACGUCCACUCACCACAGUAUCCAGUGGUAGCAACUGUACAUCUAAAACCUUGUCUGGUUCCGGACAGUCCAGUACAUCAUUAAAUGCGAACACUGUCCCACCUUCUACUUGGGGUUCACAAGAUAGUGGACGAGCAACGGGAGGUUUGGCUUCGUCACUAAGUCCGGCUGAUGAUAUAGCACCACGAGGGAGUCCAGAAGUGCGAUCUAUUUAUGAGUUUGAGAUACCAAAUACAUUAGUUGGAUUAAUCAUUGGUAUCAAAGGCAAAACUAUAAAGGAACUAUGCCUCCGUACGGAAGUGAAAAUGAUCAUCAGGCCUCAUCAUACACCGGUAAAGUUAGAAACGCACCAAAUUUGUGCCGUGGAAGGAUCACGUGAAAAUAUCAAUAGAUGUCUACGGAUGAUGCGGCGCCGUUUUCCUGCUGCUCGUUUUCCGGAAUUGAAUUUAAGGCCUGUACUGCCACCACCAUUUCCAGAUCCGCCAGCGGCACUUUACGGUACAAGACCAGUACAGUUGACGUUGCCGGAGGACGAACGCUGUCAAGUAAUUUGCUCAGCUACCAUUGAUGUUGGCCAUUUCUUUCUUCAACAACCACAACAUCCAACAUUUAAUGCCUUGCAACGGCUAGAUUAUUAUAUGCUUGGUGUCUAUAUGCAGCCAGCAGGUGUACCAGAUCUACCGAGACCAGUAGACGUCGAUAAGUUAUGUGUUGCACCAGCUUUCGAUGGUUGGUAUCGUGCAGUAACACUCGAUUACUACCAGGAAGAAGAUGAAGUUAUGGUAAGAUAUGUAGAUUAUGGUGGUUAUGGUCGUCUUCCAAGAAGCGAUUUACGACAAAUAAGAACUGAUUUUAUGACGCUGCCGUUUCAAGCUAUUGAAUGUUAUUUGGCACACGUUAUGCCCGCAGACGGAACAACAAAGUGGUCCGAUGAAGCACGGGAGUUGUUCCAAAUGCUGACGCAGGGUCGUACGCUGGAAUGUUAUGUUGUCGGCUAUCAUAUCGAAGAUUCAAGACCAUUUGUCGAAUUAUUCACAAGCGAUGAGAAUAAUAGGGUAGAUCGAAUUGAUUGUGUACUAUUAGAUGCAAACCUUGCGAAGGCAUGGGAUCCAUCGAAAGUUAAACCAGUGCUUCCAAAACCUGUACCGCCAUUAACAAGCACACUUUUGGUUGAUCAUAUUGGAAAUGAAAUUUUUGUCGCAGAAUGA